CGGGAUUCCAAUCUAAGACCAGCCCGCACCCAUCUCAACUCUCCAUCUCAGCCCCUUUGAAAGCCAGUGACUAUACAGCCCGGAGGAUCCAUUUGCGCUCCACCGCUUACUAUACGGCAUAUUCACCGGGGUUGGCGGGAUAUAGAAGUGAUGUUCUUUCGCGGCCGGCCUCGUCAUCUCCUCUGACUCGACGGUCCGACAAUCUCGAAGGCAUGGGAAAGAUGGAGAGAGAACUAGAUAAGUAGCCCAUGCGUCCGUUCGUUGCUCUCAGACUCGCCAUGAUCACUUCCAUCUUAGUGCCCAUUGCUCUUGCUCUUAUCUCGCCAAUCGUGUUCUUUUUCCUCAGGAUUCUGUAUCGCAACUGGACCUCUCCUCUGCACUUCGUUGAUGGCCCGGCCUGCUCGAAUAUCAUCCUCGGACACUCGAAUUUGAUUGUGGACGUCCCCACCAUCACUGAUGAAUGGCGGGAGAAAUUCGGAGCGACAUUCAUGGCAAAGGGAUUCUUUGGCGAAAACGAACUGCAUACUAAAGAUGUCAAAGCGGUAGCUCAUAUGGUCUCUCGCGGCGCGACUUAUCAAAGAACGACUUCAUCCUUGGCCCAAGUCACUCGGCUCCUUGGAGAGGGCCUCUUGUCCGUUGAGCACGAUCCGCACAAGCGUCAGGCAAGUGUUUCGUAUGCCCGACGGGUUCUCAAUCCCGCUUUCGGUGUUGCACAGGUCAGAAUAAUGAAUGAGGUCUUCAUCGAGAAAGGAAAUAUGCUACGAGACCUGCUGCUAGAGGAGAUCAAAAAAGGGAGCGGAACAGGGAUUGUCGAUCUCUCCGGCUGGCUGAGCCAGGUCACCUUGGAUAUCAUCGGACAGGCCGGCUUCGGAUACCAAUUCAACUCCAUGGAGUCCCGUGGAAAGGACGAGGCAGAGCUCAGCACUGUCGUUCGCUCGCUUCUCCACUCUCCCAACGCCAAUGUCUAUCAGACCGUGCAGGUCGCGCAGGCGGUGCUUCCGGUGCUGCAAUUCGUCCCACUCCCGGGCUCGCAGAUUAUACGUCUCGCUCAAACGAAACUGCGCUCAAUUGGCAAGCAGCUGAUGCACAAAUUCAAACGUGAAUCCGUCGCUGCCGCCGCCGAGAAGGACCUUGGAAAAGAUCGGAAUCUGCUGGCUCUUCUGAUCAAGGCGAAUAUGUCAAGUGAUGUCCCUGCAAGUCAGAGACUGAGUGAUGAGGAGGUGAUAUCGCAGAUCCCCACGUUCUUUCUCGCGGGACACGAAACGACCAGCACCGCACUGUCCUGGGCGGUGCACGCUCUCUCGCAGCAUCCCGAAAUUCAGGAACAGCUCCGUCAGGAGCUGUUCUCGCUCCCUACUGACCAUCCGACUAUGGAUGAGCUCAAUGCACUCCCGUUCCUGGAGAACUUCAUCAGGGAGUCCAUGAGAUUGUACGCGCCGGCGGUCUUCAUUCAAAGAAUGGCAAGCCAGGAUGACGUAUUGCCUCUGGCCAAGCCCUAUGUGGAUCGUCAAGGCGUGUCACACGACACUCUCCCGAUCCGCAAGGGCCAAGUAUUCACCAUCCCCAUUCUUGCGAUCAACACAGACAAGGAAACUUGGGGUGAAGAUGCCCUAGAGUUCAAACCAGACCGGUGGGAUAAUCUCCCUGAAGCGGUGCACUCAGUACCGGGCGUUUGGGCAAACCAGAUGACGUUCUUCGCUGGCUCGCACAAUUGUAUUGGCUUCCGCUUCAGUCUCGUCGAACAGAAAGCUAUCCUCUUCACCCUUCUUCGCACAUUUGAGUUCUCUCCUGGAGCGAAAAGCAUCAUGCCUAUCAUCAGCAAUGUGCUCCAGCGACCCGUGGCGUUUGAAGCAGGAAAGACCGGUUUAGUGUCGACCGGGAAAUUCCCGGUCAUGCUCAAGGAGUAUACCGGCGAAUGAACCGCGGCCCUGUGAACAGGAUAAGCUCGGUCUCAAAGGAUCUCAGAUACAGGUGUAGAAUUAUCAUGAAUGAACAAAUCAAUCUGUGACGUACGAAUGG